AUGGGAACUGCAUGUAGCCCGAACAAGAGCGACCUCAUGGCGCGAGUGUCGUUCAUAAGUGCCGCCUCGCGAUCCAAAGACGUUGAGCAGGAAAAGCACUUUGCGCAAGUGCAGACGCCUGAGCAUACGGCGGACAUUGAGGGCGGUGCACUCCGAGAAGGCGAAGCUCCGAAUCUCAAAAGCAAAGACAGCUUCGGUUUGCUGGUCCAGUACGCCGCUGUUGGGCUGAACUACGGCGUGCUCCCCGCCACGAUUUACCCGUUCCUGCAGAACUACAUGAACGCUUCGGGGACGCAAAUCACCACUGCCUCGACGUUGGUAUUGCUGCCCUGGAGCUUCAAGUGCUUCUACGGUAUCCUGUCGGACUGCAGACCGCUAUGGGGAUACCGUCGUCGGCCGUGGAUGGUCAUUGGGUGGCUCGUUUGCCUCGCCAUGCUACUCACCAUGGCCUGCAUGCCAGCAGGGGACCCGUACUACACUGUACCAGCUGACCGUGGCAUCAAACCGGCCGAUAUGACACCCGCCAUCCAAGCGCGGAUCAACUACGACGCACCUUCGCAAGCGGGCAAGUACGUCCUGCUCAUGUUUAUCGCGGCCGUGGGCUACGUGAUGGCCGACGUCUGUGCCGAUAGUAUCGUCGUGGACUUUGCCCAGCGCGAGCCCCUCAAGACGCGAGGCAAGACCCAGUCGGCCGUGUAUGCCGUCCGCACAGUGUUUGUCAUUCUCGGUCAGCUCCUGACUGGUUUCUGCUUCAAUGGGAAAGAGUUUGGCGGCGACUUUGACUUUUCCAUGACGUUCCCGCAACUGAUGCUGAUUGUUGCCGUGUUGACGGUGCCAGUGAUUCCCAUGACUUGGUUCUACAUCAAAGAAGAGAAGACGUCUCGGGUGGACUUCAAGCGCUACAUGGUCGACCUCUGGGGCCUCAUCCAGAAACGCGCGAUCUACCAGAUCAUCUUCUACAACUUCUUCCAUACCAUGUUCACGAGCAUCUCGUACACGGCUGCCUCCCCUGUGCAGUCCUACAUAGUGCGCGUCACGCCUAUCAACAGCACAAUCAGCGAUAUCCUCGGCAGCGUGUUGUUCCUCGCCGGCAUCAUGAUCACGUCCAAGUGGGGCUUGCACUGGAACUGGCGCUACAUGAUCAUAUUCACUGGCGGUCUGGUCCUCCUUGUCGACGGCAUCGCGACUUUUAUCACGGUCUGGGACGUGUUCCGUAGCCAGUGGCUCUGGCUCGGACUGCCUCUGACCGUACAGCUUCCGGCCGGCGUCGCUUUUGUGAUUUCCGGUUUUGUGGUGGUGGAGCUCUCUGGUGUUGGUAACGAGGGCGUUGUCUUUGGCCUCGUCACGAUGGUCGCCAACUUAUCGUCCCCGUUUGCGUCCGCCUUGACCCUGAUGCUCGAUCAGCCGUUCGACCUGACCACGGAGCGCAUCCAAGCUGACGACGCAGCGGUUCGAAUGGACAUCUCGUACGCUGUGAUCAUCAUGUACGCAAUGUCCAUCUUCUCGUGGGUCUUUUUGGUUUUCCUGCCACCUCAAAAGGAAGAAACGCAAGAGCUCCUGCGUACGAGUGGCAGCAGCAAAGUCAUGGGCGCACUCACUGUUGCAUACCUCACGUUUGCAUUCCUCUGGUCGCUAGCGACCAACACGAUGGCCAUGUUUGACUCCACGUCGUGUCUUUUCAUCGCUGGUGGUAGCGGCUGCUAA